UGACGUCUUGUUGACGUUGGACGUUUGUUGUCGCCGUAAGAGGAAGAUGGCGGCUCGCUGGAGCAGUGAGAAUGUGGUGGUGGAGCUGCGAGAUGCUCAGGCCACUGCUAUGUCCGUGGACUGCCUGGGUGGACAUGCUGUCCUGUCUGGACGGAGGUUUCUGUAUGUGGUGAACCUGGAGACUCCGUCUGAAGCUCCCAGGAAGAUUGGCAGACCAAGCAAAUGGGACGUGGGGACGGUUCAGUGGAACCCUCACAAGGCGGAGUCCCACGUCUUCGCUGCCUCUAGUAACCAGCGUGUUGACCUGUACACGUGGCGCGAUGGUUGUGGGGAGGUCCACGCAUCCCUGCAAGGACACACACGAGUCAUCAGUGACUUGGACUGGUCCUGGUUUGAACCGGAGUAUCUGGUCACGAGCUCUGUAGACACCUACAUCUGUAUCUGGGACACCAGAGACACAAGGAAACCUACAGUGGCGUUGUCUGCAGUGGCGGGGGCGUCCCAGGUCAAGUGGAACAAGCGUAAUCAGUACCUUCUAGCCUCCAGUCAUGAUGGAGAUGUUCGCAUCUGGGACAAGAGGAAACCCAACACAGCUGUGGAGUACGUAGCAGCUCACCUGUCUAAGAUCCACGGUCUGGACUGGCACCCUGACAACGAACACAUCCUGGCAACGUCCAGUCAGGACAACUCCGUCAGGUUCUGGGACUACAGACAGCCGAGGAAGUAUCUGAACAUCCUAUCUUGUCAGGUUCCAGUGUGGAAGGCCAGAUAUACACCUUUCUCCAACGGCCUGGUUACAGUGAUGGUUCCCCAGCUGAGACGUGAAAACAGCUUGCUGCUUUGGAGCGCUCUGGACCUCAACAGCCCCGUUCAUGCCUUCGUGGGACACGAUGAUGUGGUGCUGGAGUUCCAGUGGCGUCCGCAGAAAGAGGCUUCUAAGGACUACCAGAUGGUGACGUUAUCCAGAGACCAGACUCUGAGAAUAUGGAGGCUGGAUCCACAGCUACAGAAGCUGUGUGCCAACGACCUGGUAGAGGAUCUGAUGGAAGGGAUCAGCCUAACUACCGAGUCAGAGAAGAGCCUUCCCUCUCAGGACCCUGAACCCACCGUACACAGCUCUGGCCUGCCAUCUGAAGACCUGCAGGGUGAGGACCAGGCUGGUUCUCUGACCUCCGGUGGUCGACAUGACCCCUCUGCUCUGCCCCAGACACUGCAACAGGAGUUCUCUUUGGUCAACCUGCAGAUCAGGAACGUCAACGUCGAGAUGGAUGCGGUGAACCGUAGCUGUGUGGUGUCGGCCCUGUUCGGGACCAACCAGGUCCACCUGGUGGUGAAGUUCCCUUCCCACUACCCCAACAACGCUGCUCCGUCCUUCCAGUUCAUCUCCCCUACCACCAUCCCCACCGCCAUGAGGACCAAGAUACAGAAGAUCCUGACAGACACGUCACUGCAGAAGGUCAAGAGGAAUCAGAACUGUCUGGAGCCCUGUGUUAGACAGCUAGUGUCCUGUCUGGAGUCCUACAUGACCCAGGAGGAUGGUAGUGCUGCCAACCCGUACGUCCUGUCUAACCCCGUGACCCCUGCUCUGCCAGCCUUCCCCCGGGUCACCAACACCUACGGCUCCUACCAGGAUGCCAACAUCCCCUUCCCUCGUACCUCCGGGGCUCGCUUCUGUGGCACCGGCUGUUUGGUGUACUUCACACGACCCAUCACUAUGCAUCGCUCUGUACCACCCACUGAACCCACACCCAGGUCUCUGUCGGCCCUGUCUGCAUACCACAGUGGUGUCCUGACUCCUAUGAAGAUGCGUAGUGAGUCUCAGAGCUCUCUGAGGCUGUACAGCGGCAGCCCCACCCACACGGACAAGGACCACGUCUCCAUAUCAUCAUUCUACUACAAAGAACGGAAGCCUGCUCAGUCUGUCCUUCGCCGCUGGUCCAUUCAUGACUGCCCGAAGUCUCGUCGGUUCAAGACAAAGCGUGAGGGAGCGGACUACGGUAACAGACCCAUAAAGCUGGCAGGGAAGAUCAUCAUCCAGGAGAUCUCCUGUCUGCUGCCCGUUCACAAAGCCCUAGGAGAGACAUACAUUCUGAAUGUGAACGACAUACAGGACACCUGUCUGAAGAAUGCAGCAGCAGCUCUGGUGGUGGGGCGCCGAGACAUGGCUAAGGUCUGGGCCCUGGCCUCGGCUGCCACCAGUCUGGAACUCAGUCCUGACUCUGACCCUGAUGCGGACGCUCCCUGGGCCAGACACCCGUUUGGACGCCACCUGCUGGAGACUCUCCUGGACCACUACAGUCUGAUGAGUGAUGUCCAGACUCUAGCCAUGCUGUGUAGUGUGUUCAGGUCCCAGGGCUGUUCUCAGGACUACUUCUCUCUGUAUGGACAACAUCGCUCUUCUCUGUUCCCCUCUCAUCACCUACGAUACCCCAGUUACACGUCCAGCUCUGUGUCGUCAGGCUCCUGUUACAGCACCUCAGACUCCACCACCACCACCACCUGGAGCAUCGGUCGAGACCCGGAGCACAUCCCUCCCUUGGGGGAAUCCUCGCCUGACGACUAUCGCUAUGCCAACCAGAUGUACGCUGACCCCCGCGAGCGAGAGAGGGAACAACACGACAUGAAUAAAAGGCUGCUGGACCCGGCCAACACGAUGCAGUUUGAUGACUUUAAGAAGUGUUACGGGGAGAUCCUCCAUCGCUGGGGUCUGAAGGAAAAAAGAGCCGAAGUCCUCAAGUUUACAUCCUGUCCUCCUGAACCUCACAAAGGCAUCGAGUUUGGUGUGUACUGCUGCCAUUGUCGUAGCCAGGCGCGGGGAACUCAGUGUGCCGUGUGUAAGCGCUUCACCUUCCAGUGUGCCAUCUGUCACGUGGCUGUACGAGGCUCCUCUAACUUCUGUCUGAGCUGUGGUCACGGGGGACACACGUCCCACAUGAUGGAGUGGUUCAGAACACAGGACGAAUGUCCCACAGGCUGCGGCUGUCGCUGUCUGCUACAGAGCACCUUCUGAGAGAGAGAGAGAGAGAGAGAGACACUGAGACACACACAGACUGAUGCAGACACACACACACACAUACACACACGCACAGAUGUCACUGUCAACUACAGAGCACCUUCUGAGAGAGAGAGACACUGAGACACACACACAGACUGAUGCAGACACACACACACACGUCUAAAAGCACGGAGGUUUGACGGACAUUUAACCCUACUAAACACAUGUAUACAGACAGACAGACAGACAGACAGACACACACACACACACACACACACACACACACACACACACACACACACACACACACACACACACACACACACACACACACACACACACACACACACACACACACACCCAUUAAUGUGAUCCUGAAACGGUGUAGUGGAGCCCGGAGAGGUUGUAUGAUGAGAUGCUAAAGGUAUAGUUUGUUAUUAAGGCCAUAAAUGCCGUGACUAGAUGUUUCCCCCCCACAAAAAAACACAAUAAACAUCUGAUUGAAUACUUGAA